CUAUCAUUCAUCCGCCUCUUUUUUCCAGUUUUCCUCACAUUCAGUCAUUCACCAUCACAACACAAGUCACAUCCAUCAUCAUCGCUCGAUCCCUCCCUCUCAGGUGAUAUGCUGUCUGCAAUGGACACAAAGGGCGAGACAAAUGGCGUAAACGAUGCCACAAACAAAGAUCUUGUCGGGUUGGCAGAGGUUGCGUAUGUGAGUGGGUGGAUGUAUGUUAGCGAACAAGGACAGUAUUGUGGUCCGUAUAUUCAGGAGCAACUUUUUGAAGGUCUGUCUAGCAACUUCUUGCCAGAGGACCUUCCUGUUUAUCCACUCUUGAAUGGAAGCUUGGGAAAUCCUGUGCCGUUAAAUUACUUUCGGCAAUUCCCUGAUCAUGUUGCCACUGGCUUUGUUUAUCUAAAUGUUUCCGCGUCUGAUGUGAAGGAGAACUCUGAUAAAAUUUUACACGAGAGCGGUGAUGUUAAGAAAGAUGAAAAUCCUACAGGUGAAGUUUGUACAUCAACUCAACGGAUGCAGAAAUCGGAAGUAUUGAUCUCAACUUCAUCGUUUUUAUCACAGUCAGGUGAAGAAGGAUGCUGGCUUUAUGAAGAUGAUCUGGGAAAGAAACACGGUCCACAUACUCUUAUGGAGCUUUAUUCCUGGCUUCAUUAUGGAUAUCUCCAAGGGUCAGUGAUGGUAUAUCAUUCUGAAAAUGUAUAUAAGCCCUCCAAUUUGCGGACUUUAAUAGACUCCUGGUUGACUGCCCAAGGUGAUUCUAUAGGGCAGCUUGAUAACAAUGAAGACCACCUAAUUACGGGUUUUGUGGCUGAUGUUUCUGAGGAGGUCUGUGCCCAGUUGCAUUCUGGAAUUAUGAAAUCAACAAAAAAGGUUGUGUUAGAUGAAAUAAUAAGCCAUGUGAUAAGGGAGUCUAUGACUGCAAAGAAAGAUGACAGCCAUCUGAAACUUGAAGAUUCUUGUCAGACAAUCGAGGACUGCUCACUGGAUAACCCAAUCUCUCAUACAAAUCAGGAGUUGGAUGAAUGUUCUGGGAGCGAAGGAGCGGCAUCUCAUAGUGUUCACAAGCAGACUGCCCCUUCACCUUCUGUGGAACCUCAUGGAUACAAGAAAUCUGUUGGAAGCUUAGAGAAUUUUCAUGGUGUAUACAUUGAUGUUUGCAGAAACCUUUUUGACUUCUGCAUGCAGGUCAUCUGGAAUGCUGUCUUAUAUGACCCAGUAGCAGAUCAAGUAUCUGUAUGGAGGAAGGAAAAACUGUGGUCCAAUUACAAUGCUGUCACUGAAAAAUCCAAUGAAUUUCAUGAGUUGACUGAGAGGAAGCCUGUAGAUGAUUUGGAGCAAGAAUCUUCAUCUUCCAAGAAUGAUUAUCCCCCUGGGUUUGAAGUGGCUGCAUCUCCAUUGACAUUGUGUCAUGGAGAAGUUACAUCUAAAGAUGAUUCUUUUAGAGAUAAUAUGGAACAAAUAAUGGAAAGUGUAGAAAGUGAAAUCCAUUUAUCUGCAAGGAAGUCUUUGCUUCAUUAUGUUGAAAAUCUUGUUGACAAGGAAGUGCGGAAAGUUGUUAAAACUAAAAGGAAAGUUAGAAUGAAGGAGGUUGCUGUUGACUCUAGACCUCAGCUCAGUCGUGCAACUCGAUCUGAUGUUUUUAGUUCAUCGAACAGCAGGUCAUCUCAACAGAAUAUGUUUCUGCCGAAGAUGCCUUCAUCUAAUUGGUUUGAAAAUGCUUUCAUUAAAGUAUAUGCACAUGAGGAUAUCGUUCAGAAUAAAAAUAACCUUCAAUCAAUUGUGCCCAAAGAGAAUUCUAGAUUUGUUGUUCCACAAGCUAGUAAAUUUCACCCAACUAGGGCAAUGGAUUCUAUUCCCAAGAUUGCGAUCUAUGUUAUCGUGGCAGCGUGCAGACAGAAGUUGCACGAUAUUGUUGCUAGGGAGUGGUUAUCGAUAUCUCUGAAUGAUGCCAUUGAUAAACAUAAUCAGCCAGUUCAUUCUUCUAAGAGGCACAGUAAUCUUGAUACAAUGGUGGGUAGAGAAACUAAAAGAAGGAAGGAGAAGACUGUAGAGUUCAUUGCCGCGUAUGAUAAGUACAAAGAGCAAUCUAGGAAUGGUCAAAGCUCUGGCCCCCCUGAACCAUCUGCUGGCAAAGGAGACUAUACUUAUUGCCGAACUAGAAAGUCAAAGAGAAAAAAGUUUGCAUCUUUAUCAGGGCAACCGAAAACUGGACGAUUGGUUCAGAAUUCAAGGAGACAGGAUGUUUCUGCACUAGAGCAUGAGGUAGCUGAAACGUUAAUCAAAUAUGGUGAUGAACUUGCACUAAAGUAUCGUGCUACUAAACAGUUCCGUGAUCCUGAUGUUCAUGGAGUUCGAUUAGCAUCCAAUAGUGGGACUUGUCAGAAAUCUGUGAAGGUUUCUACUGUAAGUGAAGAUAAUGACAGACGUGUUGGUGCUAUAAUAUCUCGCAAAGAAAAUGAUCCCGAUUUCCGUCUGAAAACUUAUGAUCUUAGAAGCCAGGAAGCAACUGCUGUUGACUUAUCUAAAAGUGUUUCAAAAUCAAGCAAAAUGGGAAAACUAAAAAGGAAGAGUAAUAUAGAUGAUACACCUGAACAAUGUUCUGUGAAAGUUCCCAAGCUAACAAUUGGUGGUGUUAAAGCUAAGAAGAUUCAAAAUAGUAAGUCUAAAAAGUCUAAAACCUGCCCUGUAUCUAAAGGAUGUGCACGUUGCUCUAUCAAUGGGUGGCAAUGGCGUAAAUGGUCAUUACAUGCAAGUCCUGCUGAGAGGGCUCGUGUUCGAGGAACUUGUGUAAGUAAUACAAACGAUGCUGGUCCCGAGGCCAACACAUCUCAUCCUUCAAACGUUAAGGGAUUAUCUGCCAGAACAAAUAGGGUAAAGAUGCGUAGCCUGCUUGCUGCUGCCGAUGGUGCUGACCUUCUCAAGGCUACUCAGUUAAAGGCAAGGAAAAAACGUUUACGUUUUCAACAAAGUAAGAUACAUGACUGGGGUCUUGUUGCUCUCGAGCCAAUUGAAGCAGAAGAUUUUGUUAUUGAAUAUGUAGGAGAAUUAAUUCGUCCUCGUAUUUCUGAUAUCCGUGAACAACAUUAUGAGAAGAUGGGAAUUGGUAGCAGUUACCUUUUUAGACUGGAUGACGGUUACGUGGUUGAUGCGACAAAGCGUGGUGGGAUUGCUAGAUUCAUUAACCAUUCAUGUGAGCCUAAUUGUUAUACCAAGGUUAUAAGUUUGGACGGUCAGAAAAAGAUAUUCAUUUAUGCAAAGCGGCAUAUAGUCUCAGGAGAAGAAAUUACUUACAAUUACAAGUUCCCGUUGGAAGAAAAAAAGAUCCCCUGCAACUGUGGCUCUAGGAGAUGUCGCGGAUCGAUGAAUUGAGAAGUUACAAGGGCUCCAUAUCAUGGAAUUGUUUUUGCAGGACUAGUUUUGUUAUGUUUUAUUUGUUGGAAAGCAUGUUGAACGGACAUAUUUUGUUGGUAAUGCUGCUAGGCUACUGUAGCGGUUGCUUGCUAAAAUCCCCCAAAUGACCAUUUUAGCACCAUACUGUCUCAGAAAAUGUUGAAUCUUUUGAAGAUGGACAACCGAUUCAUGUGCAUACUUGUAGCUUGUCUCAGUUGCAGAUGAGUUUCUUCCCUUAAUUUUGUAAAUCAGUCAUUCAUUGGUUAAUUUUGUGGUCAUAUUUCUUUAAAGCCCUUGUACAGACAUGCCCCAGUUUUUGACUCUAACUAUUAAUAUAAAAUUUAUUCCUUUUGAUGAUAACACUUCUUCUUUAUCAUAUUUUAUUUGGUAUCACUUGCCAUUGGGAGUGGAUAGCUUUUGAGAUGUUCCUGUUGCGUGUUUAACAUAUAUGAUAAUAGCUUCAGUUUUGCACCCUAUGAGAACAAGGCAAUAAAUAUCUAUUGGCAAACUAAAUAUUCUCAUACUAAAAAUUUAGCAUUAUAUUUAUGAUAUGGAGAAUGUAUUUGGAAAUCAACCCCCUGGAUAAUAAACUCAUUUUUGGUAUAGUUUUCUAUAAGUAGACGCUUGUUUUUGAUAAACUAAAAAACUUGAUUUCAAGUGAAUGUUAAUCAAUCUAUCUUAUAGUAUGAAAACCCAGAUAGGUAUUUGGACUAUAUGUCCAUAUAUAUAUAUAUAUAUAUAUUUUAUCUUAUAUCCAAGCGUGAGCAGAUUGUACUUUGCAUGUGAUGUUGUAUAAUGUGAUCAUAAUUGGUAGUUUCUUUCUUUUCCUUUCUUAAAUUGGUUUAGGCACAGGAAUUUAUCAAGGGGUAAAAUUGGUUUCAACAUCUGGCUAAAGUGGUGUUUUACAAUCUUCUGAGUGAUUCUCCAAGCAAUGUUACACGAGUCCCAAAAUUAUGUUGCAUCCGACCUUAGCUCAAAUGGCAGAGUAGAAGGAUUUUGACUAGUCAGAGUGUUAUCUUGCCUCUGACUUCUCGUAAUCCUUUUGGCUGUCGGUUCGAAUCCGACAGGUCGGUUUAUAUAUGUUCACUUAGCUUUCUUUUUCACGGCCAUGCUUAUUGUUCCACAUUAUACUCCCACACUAGUUAAAAACUUCACAAUCAUUUAGGUUGUUCAACUCUUACUAUGACCACAUCUAUUGGCUAGUAGUUUUGUUUGCUUGUAUUAGGGGACAUUGUGCAUGGACUAAAGAUGUUUUAAAAAAGCAAUUACUAAUUUACUAUA